CGCUGGUCUUAAAAACACAUUAAGGAAAACGGACGCAAAAGAUGAAAAUACUGAUAGCAUUAUCGGCGUUAGCCCUGGUCGCUCUAGCGGCUGAGGAUUCAAAGAAGGCGGAGCCUCAGCUGGAGAAGAAACAGGAUAAACGCGGUUUACAUGGAAGUUUUGGCGGAUUUGAAGGUAGCUAUGGCGGUGGUUACAGUCAUGGUUUCGGUGGUGGUGACAGCGGUCACAGUUUUGGUGGAUACUCUUCCGGUGGUGGAGACCAUUACGGAGGACAUGACCAUCAUGUAAAAACAGUCGUGGUUGAAAAGAAAGUACCUGUACCAUAUACAGUAGAAAAGAAAGUACCAUACACCGUAGAAAAGAAAGUACCAUAUGAAGUGAAAGUACCAGUACCACAACCCUAUGAAGUUGAAAAGAAAGUACCAUACCCAGUAAAAGUAUACGUCAAAGUACCAUACUCAGUACCACAACCGUAUACAGUUGAAAAGAAAGUACCAUAUGAAGUUAAAGUACCAGUAGAUCGUCCAUAUGAAGUGAAAGUACAUGUUCCACAACCAUACACUGUAGAAAAACAUGUACCAUAUGAAGUAAAAGUACCUGUACCACAACCAUACACCGUAGAAAAGAAAGUACCAUAUGAAGUGAAAGUUGAAGUACCAGUACCACAACCAUACACCGUAGAAAAGAAAGUACCAUAUGAAGUCAAAUACCCAGUUGAUCGUCCAUAUCCAGUCCAUGUACCAAAACCAUACCCAGUUCAUGUUGAAAAGAAAAUCCCAUACAUUGUUGAAAAACCAGCACCAUAUCCAGUCAAAGUACCUGUCGACAAACCAUAUCCAGUUGAAGUACCAAAGAAAGUACCAUACUACGUAAAAGUACCAGUACCACAACCCUACACCGUUGAAAAGAAAAUUCCAUACACAGUAGAAAAACCAGUACCAUAUCACGUAAAAGUACCAAUUGAUAAGCCUUAUCCAGUUUAUAAAGAAGUACCAUAUCCAGUAGAGAAACAAGUUCCAGUACCAGUAAAGGUACCUGUUCAUGUCCCAGUACAUGUACCAUCACACCAUGAAGAAUCCCACUCAUACGGAGGUAGCAGUGGUGGCUCAUACGGAGGUAGCAGUGGUAGCUCAUACGGAGGUGGUGAUUUCGGUGGCCAUGGAGGUAGCAGUGGCGGUGGACACGAAAGUUAUGGUCAUUAUUAAAAGAGACAUUUUUUUCCUGUUUUAGGAAA